AUGUUGGCCGAACAAUGCAACAAAAUCAUCAACAGAUCGUCUCCCCCAUUUAACGAGCUGCCGAGUAGUAAGAGUUGCUUCCAUCCCUGGAGGAAAGCAGAGCCAUCAUCGCCAAGCCCGUGUGCACUGACCGCUGGAAUGACAGAACAGAAAACCUCUUCGUUAACGCCAUCACCGUCAAGCUCCGCCUACUUGGGUUAUGGUUUUGCAGUAACAUCGUCGCCUCCGAUAAGCGGGGCGAUUUUCCCUGCAGAUCUCUUCAACACAUCUUCUUCUAUGGGAGGCGGAACCUAUGGCAGUGACGGCUCCCACUCGCCAGUCCAGCACAAG